AUGGGAAUGGUAAAAGAUUUCGAUGGCCCUAGGGCAGGUGCUUCGUCUUCAGAGCGCCAAACCCUGCCCCACGCAGUUUUCAUGUUGCUGGGAAAGACGGGCUCAGGUAAAAGCAGCUUCAUUAAGUUGCUCGGUGGGACGAAUCUAUACACUGGGAAGGAACCAGAUGUCGACAGCGGCAUUGAUUCAGCCACGACGAAAGCCGCACCGUACAAGUGCCAUCUCAACGGUAGACCUGUCAUACUCAUUGACACUCCCGGUUUCGAUGAUUCUGCGCGCGACAACAUCGACAUACUCGAAGAUAUUGUAUCGCACCUCUUAUAUCUAGCUCGUGAAGAUGAUAGCUUCCCGCUCCACGGCGUUAUUUUCUUGCACGACAUUAGCGAGAAGCGAUUCUCCGGCAGUCAGAAGAAAACACUGUCAAUCCUCCAACAGAUGUGUGGCAAAAGCGCAAUGGGGAAUGUCAUUGUAGGGACCACAAUGUGGUAUCCAGGGAGCAUCAAGCGGUUCGCCGAGCAAGAAAAACGGGAAGCCGACAUUUUGAAGGAGCAUUGGAGCCGUAUCCAUUCAACAGUCAGGCUGUACGAGGACGACGUUGAUGCGGCAGCGGGCAUCCUUACAGCACUAUUAGCUGUUCCUCGCGUCAACCUUCUGGUGCAUGACGAGAUGCAUAAAACGGGUGGCAUAUUAGGCGAGACUACUGUCGGUAAAACAAUCUUUGCUGAGGGCAUUGAUGAGUUUGAGAGAUUGAGGCGACUAGGAAAGGAGAAAGAAGCUGGAGUUCUCGAGGGCCUGCUGAAGCGGUUAAAGAACCCUGCUGACAUGACGUUUGCAGAGAAGCUUGGAUUGGCUAUUGCUGCGCCUAUUGUCCUAGCUCCAGCCGCUUUUGUUGCUGCACCGGUAGGGGUCAUUUACGCAUUAGUUCAUGGCGCAAAUAAGGUGUUUUCUGGCGGUAAAUAG